AAGUCUUACUAACCAACUAUCCUCAGAUCUAACCACGCCCGGCAUCUAUCAACCUCCUUGCUUUUGCCACGUGCCGUGAUUAACGGCCAAGAUUGAUUCCCUGCACGUGACGCCCCGUCGAAUUUCGCUAUAUAACCGCACAACCCCAUCCGAAAAGAAAACCCUAAAUCCCGAGCAUUAGCACACUGAAAGGUCCAGAGAAAGCAAUGGCGAAUCCAAGAGUGUUCUUCGACAUCACCAUCGGAACUGGCCAGACGGCUGUCUUCGCCGGUCGCGUCGUGAUGGAGCUCUUCAGUGACGUCACUCCAAGGACGGCCGAGAAUUUCCGCGCUCUGUGCACCGGAGAGAAAGGACUAGGGAAGUUGGGCAAGCCGCUGCACUUCAAGGGCUCCACAUUCCACCGCGUGAUUCCCGACUUCAUGUGCCAGGGUGGCGACUUCACAAAGGGAAACGGAACCGGAGGUGAGUCGAUCUACGGGGAAAAGUUUAAAGACGAAAAUUUCAUUAAGAAGCACACCGGACCCGGCAUCCUCUCUAUGGCGAAUGCGGGCCCAGACACUAACGGAUCUCAGUUCUUCAUCUGCACCGCGAAGACUGAAUGGCUCGAUGGUAAGCACGUGGUGUUUGGACAGGUCGUGGAUGGCCUUGAUGUGAUCAAGAAAGUGGAGAAAGUUGGAAAGCCAGACGGAAAAACUUCUAAGCCAGUGACGAUUACUGACUGCGGUCAACUCUAAGUUGGAUCUGUCUGGUCUGGUGCUCUUCUAUCCGUUUCCUUGCCGUCUUCGUCAUCCUGUUUUACCUUUAGUUUGUGUUUGAAUCUCUUUUCCAUCUGAUUAAUCUGCUUUCGUUUGAGCACCUUGAUGAACCCAUCUAUGAGUUAAAUAAGUUUUAAGAUUGUUAGUUGGUUGCAUUGCUUUGCGUUCCUGAUUUAUUACAUCUCACCUAAUCAAUUGGAAUCCAAGCACAAUUUGUCAAUUCCAGUACAUUAUGGCCUAUUGUUCUCCAUGGUUUUCAAUCAUUAUUGUGACAAAUUGCUUGAUUUCAUACAAAAGGUUUAAAUCUACAGAAUUGUCUUUCCCUUCUGCUUACUUGUUCAAGCGGCCUUCCUGCUUGAGAUGCUUUAAAAUCAAUGUUUCCA